AUGUGGAUAUUUAUAGCAUCCGUACUGGCACUUAAAAAGACGUUACAGCUAAGGGAUGUUAGUGAACUAAGUUCCUUAGAUAGGAACUGCAGUGCAACGCAAUCAUUCACAGACAAUCCUGCUGAGCUCGUUGGAUUGGUGGCAAUAUUUAGGCAUGGAGAUAGGGCACCUUUAACCGUAGAGAGUGAUGUUUGGAGGAAAAAAUCCUGUAUUAAGUGCGAUGAAACAUGCAGAUCACAGCCUUGCAGCGAUGGAAUGCUGACGAAGAAGGGAUACAUUCAGGCAAAGAAACUGGGAAAAUACAUUAAAAAGUACUACCGCGCUAAAUUUCAUAUAUUGGAUUCCCUGACAGGAUACCACUCCAGUUAUGAGCGAAGCAUCAGCACAUUGCAUGGUGUUUUGGCAGGUUUAAACGAGUGGCACUAUGAAAUUUUUAGGGAAAAUUCAAUAGUCUCUGCUUCAAAUGUAAAAAUAUUGAAGAAUAUCAUUCUGAAUGCAAAAUUAAGCGAGUUCAAAAAGAGAAACUUACAGGAAUACAAAAUCUAUGACGAGAUAAUUGCCGAUUUCUGCUCAGAAACACCUUUCAGCUGCUCGAAAUUCAGCUGCGAUCCAAAAAAGAUUUUGUCAUUUGUUACUGAUCAACAGAACGACCUUUUGGAAUAUGUAAACCUAAUACGAUCAAACAUAAUGGCAAUGGGCAUAACGCUGGGUGAGUUCGGUGAGUUUUUAAAGAAGGAAAUGUUGAAGAGGCGAGCAAUAACGCUUAUUUCUGGCCACGAUUCCUUGAUCGUGAAGAUUCUUAGCAGCUUGAAUGCUGAUAUCAAAAAGCUUCCUUCGUACACCAGUGCAGUGUUUCUAGAAAUAUGGAAGGACAAACAUCAAAAUGAAUUUGUAAGAAUGGUUUAUGAUGGGUCUGUCGAGAAGUUUGGACUGUACAACGAGGAGUAUGUAUCAUUUGAUAACUUUAUUAAAUACAUCGACAUGUUUAACAAUGCUAAUAGACAGAUCGGCACAGUCAUAAACGGAGAUACACAAAGGUUGCUGACAAAUAAUGAAAUUAGGCAAGCCACUGCAAUAACGUACAAUGCUUAUGCCCCCCUUGUUGAUGCUAUCCAACGCAAUAGAGUCAGCGUUAAACCUACAAACAAGUUCUUAGCCUCAAACCUUUCUAAAACUGAGGAGUCUGGUGAGGAUUUGUACGAUCCAAUAUCACAGUUUUUAUCUCCCAGCACAAAGAACGCAAGAGAGCCAAAUGCAAAGCCAACUAGCUGCGAAAAUAAGAAUAGUGAAACUGGAAACGAAAAAUCAUGCAAUAGUAAAGUAGAUGGAUGUGCGGUGUGUACGAGAAAAUGCGAAGAUGAAACCAAGACAUCUUGUGAAAAGAAAUGCCCUAAGAAUCAAUGUGGAACAUCUUGCAAAAGUGAAUUCGCUUCUCGUCCCGGAACAUGUGCGGUGUUUGGCAGUACAAGCUGUGAAGAGUGCAAAAGACCCGCACAGCCUUGCAAUAGUACUAGCACAUCCUGUAAUUGUAGAAAACCACAGACAUGUAGUCCUGCCAAACCACAAUGUGCAGACAGUGUUACUACUAAUCCACCAUGUGUAGGUGCAACUGAAGAUGACUCGGAAUGCAGCAACCAGAAGUUUCCAGAAACAUAUGCAUUAAAGUAA